AUGUCUGGACGCGGUAAACAAGGAGGUAAGGCUCGUGCCAAAGCCAAGACCCGCUCCUCCCGGGCCGGCCUGCAGUUCCCCGUAGGCCGCGUGCACCGUCUGCUCCGCAAGGGCAACUACUCGGAGCGGGUGGGCGCCGGCGCCCCGGUGUACCUGGCGGCCGUGCUGGAGUACCUGACGGCCGAGAUCCUGGAGCUGGCGGGCAACGCGGCCCGCGACAACAAGAAGACGCGCAUCAUCCCGCGCCACCUGCAGCUGGCCAUCCUCAUGGCUCGCACUAAGCAGACCGCUCGCAAGUCCACCGGCGGCAAGGCCCCGCGCAAGCAGCUGGCCACCAAGGCCGCCCGCAAGAGCGCCCCGGCCACGGGCGGCGUGAAGAAGCCCCACCGCUACCGGCCCGGCACCGUGGCGCUGCGCGAGAUCCGGCGCUACCAGAAGUCGACCGAGCUGCUGAUCCGCAAGCUGCCGUUCCAGCGCCUGGUGCGCGAGAUCGCGCAGGACUUCAAGACCGACCUGCGCUUCCAGAGCUCUGCGGUCAUGGCCCUGCAGGAGGCGAGCGAGGCCUACCUUGUGGGUCUGUUUGAGGACACCAACCUGUGCGCCCAUUUAGCCAUGUCUGGUCGUGGUAAAGGCGGUAAAGGCUUGGGUAAAGGGGGCGCCAAGCGCCACCGCAAAGUCCUCCGGGACAACAUCCAGGGCAUCACCAAGCCCGCCAUCCGCCGCCUGGCCCGGCGCGGAGGAGUGAAGCGCAUCUCCGGCCUCAUCUACGAGGAGACCCGCGGUGUGCUGAAGGUGUUCCUGGAGAACGUGAUCCGCGACGCCGUCACCUACACGGAGCACGCCAAGCGCAAGACCGUCACCGCCAUGGACGUGGUCUACGCGCUCAAGCGCCAGGGCCGCACCCUCUAUGGCUUCGGCGGUUAAAC